AUGCUAAAGCAGAGUUCCGAACUCAGCUCCCGUGGUUACUUUGAUUAUCGCAUUCAGCCCCCCGCCACCUUGGCAGCAGUUGAUGCCGUCGUCGCCGAAACCAUCGCUUUGCUUCGCUCUCGAAACGACAACUUGACUAGUACAGCGCAGCCCACUCUCAAAUGGCAGGCGAUAAAGGCUUUGUUGGGCGGUAUCAUGCCGUUCACAGCUUGGACUGCGGCUAACACAGACCCCUUCUGGCUUCCUAUGGGUAAUGGAACAAACAAUACCCAGGAGUGGGCCCCUGACCUAAGUGCGAUUGCGCCAUUGUACUGGGGUCCUGAAAUUUCGACCAAGACUCUUGAGGGACUAUGCUUGGGCGGUGUUGAUGCCCAAUUACAUGUUGACGGCGAUCGAGCCGUUCAUGUCAGUUUAAACACCGCAGAUGCCUAUCACCGUGCGCAUCCUGACGCGCCUCCCCUUCGUCUCGCUCUCGCACAUGCCAGUCUCACCCUCGAAGAAGACUGA